AUGGACAAGGUCGGUGUUGCGUGGUUGAAGGGGCUGCGCAUCGAGAUGGUAGCCUUCAUCAAGAAGCAGGUCGCGCUCAUACGGUCGGGCCGAAACGUAGUUGCGGCCGACGUCUGUGACGACGACGGCGAGGAGGUUCAGUCGGCGCCCCAAGCUGGCGGAGGUGCCCCAGCGGUCGGGAAGCGGGGUGGCGGCGUCGACGAGGCCGGGAAGCCUGGCACCUCGGUCGGGAAGCGGGGUGGCGGCGUCGACGAGGCCGGGAAGCCUGGCACCUCGGUCGGGAAGCCGGGUAGCGGCGUCGACGAGGCCGAUGCGGCAGCAGGACAUGGGGUGGCCGGGACCGAGGAGAAGCACCAGGACGAGACUGAUCACGGGGAUGAUGAUGGGGUCCAGCAUCGUGAGGAGGAACCCAGCGACGGCAGUUCGGGGAAGCAGUCGGGGAAGAGCGUGCUCGACAUGCUCAAGAAGCACUGGGCAGAGGUUCGAGCGACGAGCACGGGGAAGGGUGAUGGGGGUCCCGCCGACGAGCAUGCCGCUGAUGACGCACGGCCAAUGGCUCCGCCUUCGGUCGGCGAGAAGCCACCUCGACAGGGUAGCGGUGAGAAAGGGCAGAGCGACAAGGCGGCUGCCAAAACGGCCACAGGCGGGGCCGCGAAAACUGGCAAGGGCCCGACGGCCGGGGUCGCGGAGGCGUCGGCGGUUCCUCACCAGCCUCCCGCGGGUGCACGCCCUCCGGCCGCACCGUCUGCCGGGCGACCUGCCGAAGUUGCGGGGAAAGGGGCGGCAGUUGCGGACGCGCUCAAGGAGCAGCUCAGGCUCCUUGCCGGCCACAAGGCUGUUCAACAGCCUCCCCUAGCUUUCGACGUCCCCUCGGCGAGUGUGCCACGGGCAGUGCCGGCCGUCGCCGCCCGUACUCCUGCUGACCCAAAAUACGCGUUGCUUCACGCCCAGCUGAGCGCGCUAGCGUCGACCGCGCCAACCCAGCAGGCAUCAGGCUCUGGCACCAAGCCGUCGUCGGCGUAUGUCGCACCACCCACCCCUGUGGCAGCUGAGGUUGAGAAGGCGGCGGAGAAGGGCGUUCGUGCCGCCCUUGCCACCGGCGGCGGCCCCGUCGAGCAGACGCCCCCAGACGCGGAUAUCGCAGCCAUACAGGCCCAUCUGGAUGCAGCCAUGCCCCGAACUCUGGCAAUCUCCGACACGGCACAUGUGGAGCCUUCGGCGGGGAAGGCGGGCUCGCAGAGGAAGUCUCGGGAGAAGUCGGAGAUGAAGGCGGCGGAAACGGCGGCGGACAAAUAUGGUGGCGGCAAAACGGGGGAGAUGUCGCUCGGCGAGGGUACGUCGACGGGGAGAAAGGGGAAGGAGAAGGCAGUCGGCGAGGGUUCGUCGAAGGCGAGAAAGGGAAAGAGGAAGGCGGAGGAGGAGGAGGAGGAGGACGUCGAGGAGGUGGAGGUGGUCGAGGAGGAGGAAGAAGAGGAGGAGGAGGAGGAGGAGGAGGAAGAGGAGGAGGAAGAGGAGGAGGAGGAGGAGGAGGAGGAGGAUGAGGAAGAGGAGGGGAAGGGCAAGGAGAGGAGGGGUCAUGGCAUCCGACACGAUACCUCGGGUGACAAGCAAGGGUGGGUCGGCGAGAUUAAGGUGCACGGCAUCAAUCGAUACAUCGGCAAGUCGCGUGAGAAGAUGGAGCUCGCGUACGUGCACUCCAUCGCGUUCGUCGUCUACGACGGUUUCGUGAGCAAGGUGCUCAUGAACGAGCUCACCGUCCUGGACAGCGCCGAGUUGGAGAGGUGGAAGGAGGUGUGGGAGGAGGUCAGGAUCUUGCCGACCGGGAUGUGGACGGUGAUGUGGGCCCGGGGUACUCUUCUUCCAAAGACCCGGCUGAAUGAGAUCCUCGACAAGUAUCGCCAUUACAAGUCCACAGGCGAUGGUCUGCUCGCCACGCUCCUGCCAGCCGUAUGGUACCAAGUCGAUCCCAACACCAAGGAGGGCCGGGAAAAGUCGGCGUCCAUGAUGUCGGCGAUGAUAGGUCGCGUGGCAAUGAGCGCGGCGUAUGGGAAGACCGCUGCGACAGCGGCGAGAAAGGAGGGAGACAGCGACGAGAAGACGGAUAUGGCGGCAUGGGCGUUAGGAGCAUCCGCAUGCGCUGUGUGGUGCUUCGUCGAGAACGGCGAUGCCAAGGUGGAGGAUGCUGUGGAGGAAGGGAAGGCGGCGGCGCUUUUGGGCGGAGCGAGCCAGCAGACCGCCGAUGUAUUCGGCAAAGUCAUGGAGGCGGUGCUGAACGCCGAGAUCAACAGGGACCGCCCCCUGGGAGAGGUUGCUUACAACGUCGCGUCAGCACUCCAGAGGACCGCCCUUGAUAGGGCUUAUCCUGGGGGGAAUGCUGGAGUCGAUGCCGUGGUGAUCGCAAGAGCGACGGUCGAGACGAUGGCGUUCUGGGGAAUGUGCCCCGUCGCCGGGCCGAAACUCAAAGCGAGGGGCAUCGCGGUGCCGAUUGACGCGCAGAUGAAGGCUGACCUCGACAACAGGGGGAGGAAGGGUCAGAGGGGCAAGAAGGGGACGAAGGCCAAGGGCGGCACGGGGAAGAAGGGGACGAAGGUCAAGGACAGCGCGGGGAAGAAGGGCCAGAAGGCCAAGGACAGCGCGGGGAAGAAGGGCCCGAAGGCGAAGAAGGCCAAGGACAGCAGGGCGGCGUAG